AACGGGGAAGCUCACAUGGAGGGGGCGGAGGAGGGGGCCGCCGUGGCCCAGGACCUGCUGGCUUUAGGGUAUGGGGGUUUCCUGGGGGCGGCGUCGCGGGGCGCUUGGUGUCCAGACUUCAGAGCGCUGUGCGCGCGGCUGCUGGCGGAGCUGGCGGCUCUGGGCGCCCUGAGGCAGGGGCAGGAGGAGGGCGCCGAGGCGCUCAGUGCCGGCGACGGCCUCGGCGCGGAGGACGAAUUCCUGCGGCGGCUGGGCGGCCGGCUGCGCGAGCUGCACUGCCCGGACCGCGCGCUCUCCGGCGGAGACUGUGCGGCCGCGCUGCGGGCGCCCGGCGCGUGCCAGCGACUGCUGUGCUUUCUCUGCUCUGAGCUCCAGGCUGCCCGCCUCCUGCACCUGCGCCACCCACUGGACUCCAGCCCUGCACAGCUCUUUGGGGAAGGGUCAGAGGAGGGAGCUGUCAUGGUCCAGGAACUGAUCCUUACCCUUCAAGCUCUGGGGCUGCCCAGACCGACGCCAGGAACCCCCGCCAGCAGGCUGCUGCAGGAGUUGCAUGCCAAGAUCUCCGAGCUGCUGCCUUCCUUGCCUCCGGGGUCCAUGCAGCCCCUCCUCAGCUACUCGCUGGAUGCACCCAGAUGGGAAGCGUUGGAGUCGCUGUCCCAAAGCCUCCGAGAUCAGUACGGCUGCCGCCGCCGCCUCCUGCUCACGCGGCUGGACCUUACAACGUCCUCUUUCCACUGGAGUGACCGGGCAAAGGCCCAGGGAAAGGCCAUGAAGGCCACGCUGAUCCCAGUUCGAGAGCCGCUGUCCCCAGAAUCAGAUGUUUCCGUCGCCCACGUCCUAGCUGCCAGAGCUGACCUGUCUCGCCUUGUCCCAGCCACCAGUAAGGCUGCCCGCCAGGGGACCUGCUGUGCUGUCAACAAGGUAGGCCCCUGGGCACAGGGAAGAAACCUGGCAACCUUGGCCUUCAAUUCUUUCAGCCUGUGUCCUGGUCCAGCCUUGUCCUCUCCUGCCUGGGUUCCUGGUCUCUGGACUCACCCGUUCCAAUUACCAAUGGAACCAUUUUUAAAGCAGAAAUAACCUUUGCUUCUGUGAUUAUGCAUUUAUUCACACAGCCCUGUGUCUAAAUAGUUUCAUAUUUAUGUGAAUGACUACGAGAGACUGAAGUCCAGCACAGCAAAGAGUGAGGCAACAUCUAACUUAAGGAAAAAAAAAAAAGUGAUUUUUUUUUAAAAGGAAAAACUAUUAAUAUUACAGGUGGUGUAUAAAAUGAUAAUUAGAAAAAACAAACAAAAAAAUGCUAGUUUGCUGAAAAUAUUAUACCAAGCCCCAAAUAUGAAACAGGUAAAGUUGUAGUGCUCUCGUUAACACUGGGUGAGGACUGGGGCCCUUGUUGCCACCCUCCCCUUAUUUUACUCUUGCUGAGGUCCCUGG